GGCUGUGUACAAGUGCUGCGUGUGCUCCGGCUGCGGCUCCACUUAGCCACAGUUUGGUCCACACCGAACGUUGAACCAUUCCACAUCUGUUUUAACACGAGAAGAAGAGUUUUGGUCCCGGGACCGUGUUUGGUUGUUAUUUUUUGGACACUUUACUUCCCGUUUCCCGGACUCUUUUUUUUUUUGUUUGAGCGGUGAACAAAGCUCCUGGGGCAGACUGACAGUUGGCUUUUUGUGGCAUGUGAUACGGACAACAGACAAGGCGUGUUCAAGUUACACGGAUGUAAAAAAACACGAAGAAGAGAGGACACACAGGCUGUAUUUUUGUUAUUUUGCUCGCCAUAUUUUGAGUAUGUUUGAGCCAGAUGAACCGCGUUUGUUCGUCUGUCUGGGUGUUUGCUAGCUGUUGAAUGGCCGAACAAUGCUCUGAGCCUCACGGGAAGGCGUCGGAUGCUAUGAUGCAAAUGAUUCUCGCCUGUUUAACGUGACUUUAAUGUGAAUGCUGGGUUAUUCGCUUCACUGUGUUCUGGUUAAAACAUAAAGGAAAAAAAAGCAGAUUGGUCUUUUUUUCUUUCCAGGUAACACAACAAUGUGGAUUGCCUCUUGGCUGCGUGCGUCUUUGUGCCUGGGAUCUUGGUAAAAGUUUGAAUUGAAUCGAACUGAAUUGAAGGAGUAACUGAAUCUGGAUUUUAAUUGGGAUAUUUACAGAAAAGAUCAGACUGAGGAGAGGCGUACACUUGCCUGGGUUUUUCUUCUGUGGAGCCUUGGAGACCCUUGGGACACCUGGGACAGCCAUGGCUAACGACUCCAUACAAAGCGACCCCGGUGGGCUCACUGUUUUGGAGCAGCUCGGUUUGGACCAGAACUCGGAUUUCUCGGACUCCAGCAUUCAGCAGCUUUUGGAGGAGCAGCGUGAAAGGAUCCGAAGGGAAAUCCGCAGAGAGUUAAAGAUCAAGGAAGGAGCCGAGAAUCUGCGACGAGCCACUACAGACAAGAGGAACGCCCAGCAGGUGGAAAAUCAGCUAAGAAGCUCUAAUCGCAAACUGGACGACCUGCAUGCACAACUGCAAGAGCUGGAUGCACACAUUGUGGUCAAAGGAGGAGAGGAGGUCAAAGAUGAAUGCCCACAAUCCCCUGGGGCAGAGAGCCGGACCUCAGCCCACAAAGAGCGCAUCGCCGCCCUGGAGAGACAACUAAACAUCGAGCUCAAAGUAAAACAGGGCGUUGAAAACAUGAUCCCGAUCUAUGCUAAUGGAUCCACCAAGGAUAAGAAGAUGCUGCAGACGGCUCAGCAGAUGCUUCAGGACAGUAAAACCAAAAUUGACAUCAUUCGAAUGCAGAUCCGCAAAGCCGUGCAGGCCACCGAGCAGAACGACGACGCUCCGGGGAACCAUGACCUGUGUGGAGUGGAGCUGCGCAUUGAGGAGCUGAGGCAUCACUACAGGGUGGAGCACGCUGUGGCAGAGGGGGCCAAAAAUGUGCUCCGCCUCCUGGGGGCCAACAAGGUUCAGGACAAGAAGGCUCUGUCAGAGGCGCAGACUCGUCUAAGCGAGGCGUCUCAAAAGUUGGACUUACUGAGGGACUCUUUAGACCAGCGUCUGUCAGAGCUGCCCGAGGACCACCCCAAGUCCAGUGUCAUCAAGGAAGAACUGGUCCUGGCCUCUUCUCCGGGAUUCAGCUCUCGCCAUGGCGCCCCCUACCUCCACAACCAGUAUAGCACGCUAAACAAGCCAUCACCUCUAACUGGUACGCUGCAGGUUCAGCUGUUGGGCUGUGUGGGCGUUCUGGAGAUGGUCCCAGGUCGUUGUAAAGGCAGUGCCGUGAUGUUGCCGUGUUACAGCCCUGGAGACGCCAAGUCCUUCAUGAGAGGAAGCAAAGCGCUAUACGGGCGGAGCGGCUCUGUCAGCGGCAAAACACCCAGCAAAACAGAUGAGCUCUCCACUGAGGUGAGUGCAGUUCUGAAGCUGGACAACGCGGUGGUGGGGCAAACGGCUUGGAGGACAGUAGGAGAACAGGCCUGGGAUCAGACGUUCACCGUGGAGCUGGAAAGGUCUCGGGAGAUGGAAAUCGCCGUUUACUGGAAGGACUACCGCUCCCUAUGUGCUCUCAAAUACCUGAAGCUUGAGGAGUUUCUUGACAACCAAAAACACAGGGUCCAACUGGAGCUGGAGCCGCAGGGCCUCAUGCUGGCCGAGGUGACCUUCUUUAACCCUGUGAUCGAGAGAGCUCCUCGUCUGCAGAGGCAGAAGAAGGUCUUCUCCAAACAGCAGGGCAAAGCGUUCAUUCGAGCUCGUCAGAUGAACGUCGACAUCGGGACGUGGGUACGACUCCUUAGAAAUGCCAUUCCAACCGUCAAUAACUCCGGCACCUACAGCCCGAACGCUCACAGUCUCACACUGAACAGUGGAGAGAUCUCAGUGGAAAAGUUGAGUUUGGACAGCGACUCUCCCAUUAGAGGCGAUUACAAGAGAGACGUGGACAUACACACACCGGACCGACUGCAAACCAUCGAACCCACGUCUCCCCCAGACCUCCCCCCUGAGAGCCCCGCCCACACCCCGCCUGCAAACAGUGUUUCCAGUAAGCAGAGAAGAGGUCCGCUUUCCCUGCAGGAUUUCAGAUUGAUAGCGGUGCUCGGAAGAGGACAUUUUGGAAAGGUGUUGUUAGCAGAAUACAAAAAGACAGGAACGAUGUAUGCCAUCAAAGCACUAAAGAAAGGGGAUAUUGUGGCUCGAGAUGAAGUUGAAAGCCUGAUGUGUGAGAAGCGGAUUUUUGAAACGGUGAACCUCUCCCAUCAUCCGUUCCUGGUCAACUUGUUCGCCUGCUUUCAGACCCCGGAGCAUGUGUGUUUUGUCAUGGAGUACACAGCAGGAGGCGACCUAAUGAUGCACAUUCACACAGAUGUAUUCACAGAGCCGCGCGCUGUGUUUUACACAGCCUGUGUGGUUCUGGGACUGCAGUUUCUUCAUGAUCAUAAGAUUGUAUACAGGGACCUUAAACUUGACAACCUGCUGCUCGGCACUGACGGAUAUGUCAAAAUUGCUGACUUUGGCCUUUGUAAAGAAGGGAUGGGUUUUGGUGAUCGGACAAGCACAUUCUGUGGCACUCCAGAGUUCUUGGCCCCUGAGGUCCUGACAGACACGUCAUACACCAGGGCCGUGGACUGGUGGGGCCUCGGGGUCCUCAUUUAUGAGAUGUUGGUGGGAGAGUCCCCAUUUCCAGGAGAUGACGAAGAGGAGGUGUUUGACAGCAUUGUGAACGACGAGGUACGCUACCCACGCUUCCUCUCCACUGAAGCCAUCGGCAUCAUGAGACGGCUGUUGCGGAGGAACCCGGAGCGUCGUCUCGGCUCUGGGGAGAAGGACGCAGAGGAGGUGAAGAAACAACCUUUCUUUAGGAAUAUGGACUGGGACGCUCUCCUCCACAAAAAGGUGCCUCCCCCGUUUGUUCCUACCAUCGGUGGCAAAGAAGAUGUGAGUAACUUCGACGAAGAGUUCACCACCGAAGCCCCGACGCUGACCCCUCCCCGAGAGCCGCGUGCGCUGUCCCGCAGAGACCAGGAGAGCUUCAGGGAAUUUGACUACGUCUCGGACCUCUGCUAACGCUCCGAGACUGCACCGCCCAAAAGAAUGUGUCCAAGCUUCAAGUGGAGCUGGUGUAGCUCCCCCCUCUGUGUGUCGAUGAUAACUACACUGUGAAAGAAUGAAGACACAUCGCUGUGUUUUAUUUUUUAUUUUAGAAAACUCUGGACUUGAAGACAUUGAAAUGUAUGCUAACGUGUUGGAAUCGGGGUGUGAUGGGUAGAACUGCUGUAGUGGACUGGUUUGCCCAUUCUCUCUGACUGAAGUUCAUUUAAAACAGUAGCUUUUAAAACUCAUGUGUUUGUGCAGCUGUGAGGAGAUAUUUUGCUUAUCUUUGUACUGUUCCAUGGGCUGAAGGCUGCAUCCCAAGCCUCUCUCAUACUGAAGAUGCCUUACAUUUUUAGAUGAAGUUUGACCACUAGAUAGGAUUUGCUAAGGGGAGACACUACCGGGUUUUUUUUUUUUUUUGGUUAAUUUGUUCAAGGGGUGGCGCCAGGGGCUAACUACAUUUAAAACUGGUUUAAAACAGCGACUCAAACAUUGGAGCGGAAGGGGGUGCACUCGUGUCGAUGUAAGACUCUCAAUUAACCCCGGGUUGGGCUUUAACGUAAAAGAUGUUUUAAUGUUUAGCUUUGUCAACCUGCCUCUAUAGAGUUAUAUUGGGACCUUCAAAAGGACAUUUGAACACACAGAGACAUAAGGAUCAGACCUUAAAAGCAGCACCUACACAACCUAAAACUUUACAAUCUUGGACUUAACAAGACUUUGACAAAAUGUACAGAAGUUGUUUUUUUUUUAAAUAUAUAUCUUAUUCCAAGUCUGAUUUAUUUAAGUUUUAACUCCAAACAAUGAGGAUAAAUUUGUUGGCAAAUUUUCAAUCAGAUCUAGUAAAUUUAAAAAAAGAAACAAGAAAUUUAAACCUAACUUAAACCUGAAGUUUCAAAAUGGUAUCGCUAAAGUUCAGAUUUUGUCCUGUUCCCUGCAGCGUCUCUCCUUCAUCUGAACACAUUUGUGGACUUGGAAGUGUCUCUCUGCUGAAGGUUGCAAACUUUGAACGUUAUGAGAGGAUUACAGGGUAAAACCACUGUCCAGACCAUUUGGAUUUGAAUAAUACUAAUAAACUGUUUAAUAAUGAAUUGUUGACAAAAAAUAAUGCAUGUCUCUGGCUCACACACAUAAGCAUUAAAGAUACGGCAUGUUGGG